AUGGCGACAUUCUUUCAGAGCGUCCGUCAGGGAUUCGGUCGCGGUGGAAACAAGAACAAUAAUUCUUCAAAAACAGGAAAUGGCCAGACAAGCUCCCAACCACCACCGAACCCUCCGAACCCUCCGAACCAACCUCCAGGCGGGAACCAGCCAGCUGCUUCAAAUGUUGGGAUGGAGAAUCCGGAGCGGGAAUCCAUUAAAUACUUCUUCCAAGAGAAAUAUGCUCCUCUUAAUGUCAAGGGGAAUUUUUUAACACUAUGUGCAUGUCCGAAGAAUGUGGAACUUGGAGAAUGGCUGGCCCAUCAAAUUGUGGAGCAAAACCGCCUUCUUCAUGGCAUGCUUCAGGUUGUUCAGGAAGUCAAUAUUAACACUGGACUUCCAAUUUGCAACGAACUUACAUGUCCUACCAUGUCUGCUGGAAACCUUACAUAUACGUGGCUUGUUGACGGCAAAGCAGCAAAGAUAUCCGCCCCGAAGUUUAUCAAUCGAGUCGAGAAGUGGAUUGUGAGCAAAAUCCAUGAUCCUGUCAUGUUCCCAACUGAACAAGUGACAUCUGCUCCAACAAAUUUCGCUAUUGCUGAGCUUAACAAUACACCUGGUGGAGCGGCAUCACUAAAUCUUGCGAACCCUACUUCAAACAGCGCAACAACUCAGGACUGGAUCGGCAAGUCUAGUGGCUUCCCGCAAACAUUUUAUAAGGAUUGCCAAGGAAUUAUGAAACAGAUGUUUCGCUGCUAUGCGCAUCUUUAUCAUGCCCACUGGGAAACCCCAUUUUGGCAUAUCAACAAACAUGAAGUGCUAAACAUGUGUUUUGUUCACUUUGUCACAGUGGCCAAAUAUUAUAAACUUGUUGCAGAUAAAGAGAUGGAGCCUAUGCAGCCAUUGAUUGAUAUUUACAUUAAGCAGGAGAAAAUUCCUCCUGAAGCACUUGCUGGCCACUGGGCACAAUUACCUGCUGCUGCUUCUGCUAUGGCCCCCCAAGCAUAA